AUGUACGUCGUUCUCGGAGCUGGCGUAGUCGGAUUGACGACCGCGCUCGAGCUGAAGAGACAAUAUCCCUCUCGCAAUGUCUUGGUUCUUGCUCGAGAUCUCCCCGGAGACUCUGCUCCGACAUACGCAUCAGCCUGGGCUGGAGGAAACUGGAUCUCGAGUGCCACCGACAAUGGGCCUCAGGAAGAGUGGGAUCGCGUUACAUACCUCAAGUUCCAGGAACUAGCCAAGACUCACCCUGAAUGUGGUAUAGAAGCAAUGGACUUGCGAUCUGUCUACGAGGAUGAUAUUGAAAAUGUCGAUCUCUUGAGUCAAACGACCAACAAAAUUUGGUACAAUGACCUCGUCGGAGGGAUCAGGUACCUGCCAAAGGAAGAGCUUCCGCAAGGCACCAAGUUUGGGUUUGAAGUCUCGACAUUUGUUAUCAACGUGCAGAAAUACUUGCCAUGGCUCCAAGCUGAAGCGGCGAAACUCGGCAUUGAGUUACGACGAGCAAUCAUAGACGACUUGUCAGAGAUUCCAGGCCAACUUCCAACCACUUCGGCCAUUUUUAACUGCACAGGACUCGGCUCUCUGACGCUGAAGGGUGUCGAAGACCAAGAUGUUUACCCAGCAAAAGGCCAGGUCUAUCUUGUCGAAGCGCCACCGUCAGGUAUCUCCAAGAUGUACUUCCGUUCAAGUCAACGCCUAGGAAGCCACAGCACCCAUGUCUUCCCUCGAGGGAAAGACGGGGGUGUGAUUCUAGGUGGAUGUAGGCUUAACGGUGACUCUAAUGAAGAAUUUGAUUCGGCCAUUGGCCAGAGCAUCAAGGAAAGAUGUUGUGCCCUCGUCCCAGAGCUUGGAAGGCCAGAGGAUCUCCGCAUCAUCAAGCAAGGUGUGGGCUUCAGACCGAGUAGAAUAAAUGGUGCUAGAAUCGAGUUGGAGAGAAAGUACGGCGUCAAGGUGAUUCACAACUAUGGCGCAGGUGGCUCGGGCUAUCAAGCCUCUUGGGGGAUGGCCAAAGCUGCUGUAGAUCUGCUUCGGUCUUCAGGCAGG